GAUCCGGAUGGAAGGAGGGGCAGAGCCACAGCCCGCGUCCGGCCGACGGACAGCCCGAGCCCCCUGCCCGCUCCGGGGGGAUAUAUGGGGCGGCCGAGCCCGGGGGGCUUCUCUGUAGCCCAGGCGAAGGGGCUGCGGGUGCCCUGGCUGCAGUGAGCGGGCUCCGCCGUGGGACGCCGGCACCGGGGAAGGGACAUCAGCGGUGCCAGGGGCCGGCGGCGGGCAGCCAGGCAGGAUGCGGCGCUUCCAGGCUUUGCACCGAUCUUUCCCUUUCCUCACCCGCUUCCGCCUCUACCGAAGGCUGAGCUGUAGCAUGCAGGCGGAGGAGGGCACGGACUGGCUGCUGGAGCUGCUCACUGAGCUUCAGCUGCAGCAGUACUUCCUGCGCAUCCGGGACGAGCUCAAUGUCACACGCCUCUCCCACUUCGAGUACGUCAAAAAUGAGGAUCUGGAGAAGAUCGGCAUGGGACGCCCUGGCCAGCGGCGGCUGUGGGAGGCAGUGAAGCGGAGGAAAGCCAUGUGCAAGCGGAAAUCCUGGAUGAGCAAGGUGUUCAGUGGGAAGCGCCCAGAGUCGGAGCUGCCACCCCAGCCCCAGAGUACUUUCCGCAAGCCCCCCACACCACCACCCCCCGAGGCUGGGGGCCAACACUCCCUCACCUGCCUUGUGCGGGAGCGGGACCUCUCGAUCUUUGAGAAGCUGGGUGACGGCUCCUUUGGCGUCGUGCGUCGUGGAGAGUGGUGCACACCUGCUGGCAAGACGCUGAACGUGGCAGUGAAGUGCCUCAAGACAGAUGUGCUGAGCCAGCCGGAGGCACUGGAUGACUUCAUCCGGGAGGUGAAUGCCAUGCACUCCCUGGACCACAGGAACCUCAUCCGCCUGUAUGGUGUGGUGCUCUCCCACCCCAUGAAGAUGGUGACAGAGCUGGCCCCGCUGGGCUCCCUCCUGGACCGACUGCGGAAAAACCAGGGCCAUUUCCUCAUCUCCACUCUCUGCCAGUAUGCCAUCCAGGUGGCCAAGGGCAUGGCCUACCUGGAGUCCAAGCGCUUCAUCCACCGUGACCUGGCCGCCCGCAACAUCCUGCUGGCUUCCAAUGACCUCGUCAAGAUUGGGGACUUUGGGCUGAUGCGAGCCCUGCCAAAAAAUGAUGACCACUAUGUGAUGCAGGAGCACCGCAAGGUCCCCUUCGCCUGGUGUGCUCCUGAAAGCCUGAAGACACGCACCUUCUCCCAUGCCAGCGACACCUGGAUGUUCGGAGUGACCCUCUGGGAGAUGUUCACUUAUGGUCAGGAGCCUUGGAUAGGCCUCAACGGCAGCCAGAUCCUGCACAAGAUAGACAAGGAGGGUGAGCGGCUGCCACGGCCUGAGGACUGUCCCCAGGACAUCUACAACGUCAUGCUGCAGUGCUGGGCACAUAAGCCCGAGGACCGACCCACCUUUGUGGCCCUGCGGGACUUCUUGGUGGAGGCCCAGCCCACUGACAUGAGGGCACUGCAGGACUUUGAGGAGCCUGACAAGCUGCACAUCCAGAUGAAUGACAUCAUCACGGUCAUCGAGGGCAGGGCCGAGAAUUACUGGUGGCGGGGUCAGAAUAAACGGACCCUAAAAGUGGGCCAAUUUCCCCGAAACACGGUGACCUCGGUGGCAGGGCUGUCAGCCCACGACAUCAGCCAGCCGCUUAAAAACAGCUUCAUCCACACAGGCCAUGGAGACACCAACCCGCAGCACUGCUGGGGGUUUCCCGAUAAAAUUGAUGAGCUGUACCUGGGAAAUCCCAUGGACCCUCCUGACAUUUUAGGUGUGGACCCGAGCACUGCCAGACCCACACAGCUUCCAGGCAGGACUAAAAGGCAACCACCUCCACGCCCGCCUCAGCCUACCGUCCUGCUAACCAAGCCUUGCUACGACCCAGUGAGUGAGGAGGAAGAGGGUCUGCCAGGGGGUCUCCGGAAGCUCUGCCUGAAGAAGACAGGCACAGGGAAGGGUCUGCGACCAGUCAAGCCGUCAGCACGGGUACCAGGCACCAAGGUGGGCGAGCGGCAACCCGGACGGCUGGCAAGCGAGGGGCCGGCGGGCGGCGAGGUGACACUCAUCGACUUUGGGGAGGAAGUGCCCCAAGGUACCCCCUCUCCAGUGGGGGAGCUGACAGCCCCAUCAUUAGCCAAGCUGGCCAUGGAGGCCUUCUCUUUGCUGGACAAGACCCCACCGCAGAGCCCCACGCGGGCUCUACCCCGGCCUCUGCACCCCACACCAGUGGUGGACUGGGACGCCCGCCCCUUGCCCCCACCCCCUGCCUAUGAUGACGUGGCGCAGGACGAGGAUGACUUUGAGGUGUGUUCCAUCACCAGCCCCCCGAGCCGCCGGGGCAAGACCAACUAUGGCUUCGUGGAUGAGGGUGAGCGGGGACCGGUGCUGGAGGACAACCUCUUCCUGCCCCCCAAGGAGACCAAACAGCCCAGCAUGACACAGACCACCGAGCUCUUUGAGGAGCUGCAGCAGGAGUGCAUGAAGAGGCUCAAUGUCCCCUUGGGACCGGCUGCCCCUGCUGAUGACAAGCCCCAAAUCCCACCCCGUGUUCCAAUCCCACCCCGGCCCCUUCGCCGCAAUGAGCCCGGGCGCUGGUCAGGGGACCUUUCCCCAGCCUCAGGGGGUGAGGAAGACCGACCACCCCAGAUUCCCCCCCGGGACCCGCUGUCGCAGCCCACCUCCCGGACACCCAGCCCCAUGGCUCUGCAGGUGGGCUCCCCACAGCAACGUGCUGCCCUCUGCUCCUGCCUUUCCACCUCACCAGGGAAGCCCAUGCCUACCACGCAGAGCUUUGCCCUCGACCCCAAGUACGCCACUCCCAAGGUCAUUCAGGCACAGGGCAAGGACUGCUCCAAGGGACCCUGCAUCCUGCCCAUUGUGAAGGAUGGGCAGAAGGUCAGCAGCACCCACUACUACCUGCUGCCUGAGCGCCCUGCCUACCUGGACAAGUAUGAGAAGUUUUUCAAGGAGGCUAAAAGCCCAGAGGAGGUACCAGCAUCCCGCCAGGUCACCACAGCCACCGUCCGUCCCAUGGUGCAGCAGCCACUGCCAGACUGCAAGGCCAACUUUUCUUCCAAUAACAGCAAUCCUGGGCCCAAGUGCCUGGUGAAAGCCUCUUGCAGCCUCCAGAAGAUUGUCUACGAUGGGCCAGAUGUUUGCCGUCCCGCUGAAAAGAUCCGGCUGGUGCAGGAAAUGGUGCACGGUGUGACAACCGACGAGUGCCAGGCAGCCCUGCAGAACCACGGCUGGAGUGUCCAACGGGCCAUCCAGUAUCUGAAGGUGGAGCAGCUCUUCUGCCUGGGGCUGAAGUCCCGUGGCGACUGCCAGCGGGUGCUGGAGAUGUUUGACUGGAACCUGGAGCAGGCCAGCUCCCACCUCCUUGAUCCCUACAGCGCCGCCCGCCAGAAGUGGUGACAGUGGGGAUGGGGUGAGUGGUGUCAGAUCCAGAGAAGGCACCUCACCACGGGGCCAGUGUCCCCGCCUCCACCCACGCAACCUGCUGCUGGACUCUGGACCGAGCCCCCGCUUUGGGGGUGGGGACACCCCAAAAGGGACCCUGCUCCAGACUUGCUGGGGUGCUUAUGCCCUGAUUUGGGCAAAUGGGCUCUGUCCCCUGGCCUCUUGUUGAAUUGUUUUUGUAAAGAGAAAUGUAAUUUUAAUAUAUAUUAUGUAUAUAUAUAAAAGUAUUCUAUGGAGAGGA